AUGUCCCUCCUCCGCACCCUCGACCGGACCUCUGCUGUCUCGAAUACCGCCCAUGCACGGCCCUUCCUCACCUUCCUGUACCCACGCCACGAGGACACGCCGUCCAAGACAAGAUUCAGCAACAAGGCGAUAGACGAUGCUCGGCGACCAUCCGGACCGACGACUGCUCGCAUGGGCACUUGCUUCGUCAACGCCUUGGUGCGGGCAGCAUCAUGCCCCAACCAUGCACGCCUCGUACACACUCUGCGCGGGGUAGAAGCAGCGCCGCCAAAACAUCAGACAAGGCCAGAGCGCAAAGGCCCGCUCAACAAGGUCCAGCGCUUCGCCGAGAAGGAACUGCAAGCGUUGAUAGACUACUACGGCAUGGAGAUCGACACGCGGCCUGAGGCAGAGGUUCCAGACGACGGCAAUCUGGUGUGGAAUGUUGGUGAUAGCCAUGUGCCCUGGCCCCUCCGCGACCCAUCCGACGCUGCGCACAUUGACGAGUUGCAGACCCUGCUGAAGAACGAGGAAGCACCGCACCAACCCGUCUAUGAUGCAUACAAGAAGCUGCAGUCGCCCGGCGUCGUCUAUCUCGAAACUCCCACCAUCCGGGCGCUGCUGCACCAUCUCGCUGUCGUUGAACGCCCCACACCCACCGCAGCCCAACGCUUCCUCUCCAUCCUCGACGAUAUGAAAACCGCACACAUACACAUCACCCGCUCCGAGUGGACUUCAGCCAUACACCUGACUGGUCGCGCCAUGGGCACCGUGUCCGAAGACGACCUGCAAGCCUCCCUUCGCAUCUGGCACGACAUGGAGCGCCGAGCCGGUCUCAAGGGUGGCUACGUGACAUUCAACGUACUCUUCAACAUUGCUGUCAAAGCGGGCAAAUACUCUCUAGCCGAAACCUUUAUGAAAGAGAUGCAGGACCGAAAAGUGCCCAUGCACAGACAUUACCGUGUAGCACUUCUCUACUACUACGGCGUGUUACAAAAUGGGAAUGCUGUAAGGAGAGCAUACCUGGACCUAGUCUCGGCGGGAGAUAUCGUAGACACUGUUGUCAUGAACGCUGUCAUAGCAGCGCUGAUGCGCGCUGGUGAGCCUUCAGCCGCAGAACAAGUCUUUGAGCGCAUGAAGCGCCUGCACGCCAUGAGGACCACCACCGCGCCUGGCCACGUAUUCUUCAACCGCAAAUGGCGCCAUGGUCGCCUUCUGGGCUUGCGCUUCAGAGACGAGACACGAAGACUGAAGAGAGAGGCCAAAGACGAAGAGUUGAAGCAUUUACAAGACUUUGCGCCCAUUGGUCCCAAUUCAAGAACAUACGGCAUCCUGAUACGGCAUCAUGCAGCGGUAGCCGGCAACAUCGACCGUGUGAACGAGCUGCUACAAGAGAUGAAGUGGAAUUCCGUUCCACUCGACGGCACAAUAUUCAUCGUCGUCUUCCAGGGCUUCAACUCCUUCGGCGGCGUCCGCUAUACCUCCUGGACCGCCUUUAGAUUAGAGAAGAUAUGGCACCAAUAUUUGCAAUCUCUGAACCAGAACCUGGAGCGAACCUGGCUCUCUAGUCUCGCUGUCAUCGCGGUGCUCAAAGCAUUUGGACGAUGUACAACUCCGGAGAGGACACUGAAGGCAUGGGAGGAGAUUCGCGCGCUGUGGCAACCCGACGAACAGGAGCUGGAGGCCGUGAUGAUGGUCCUCAGGAAGCUGGUGCCGAGUCAGUUGAAGACGACAUCCAGUCUAGGAUUCUUUGAUGGGAAAAGACCACUGUGA